UGAUGCGGACAAAACUGAACCGAUUAAAAGAGAAAAAAAAACACAACGUACACACGAACUUCGCUUGCAAUCUCGGCAAGUACAACAUGUUGUCUGAUACAGAUGCCGACGACCAUUACGAUCCGUCGGUGCGUCUCGUCGAGCUGGAGAAGAACGGCACCAAUUGCGGCUUCAAGCUGACCAGGGGCAAAUGGGACCCGUACCCGUGGGUGAUCAGCGUCGAAAGGGACACGGCGGCCCACCGGGCCGGCGUCCGGACCGGCGACUGUCUUCUGGAAGUCAACGGCGACGACGUGGUCGGACGGAGGAUCUCCGAGAUUGCGGACCUAGUGAAAGCCAGAUGUGGACCCGUGUCGUUGUUGUUUUGGAACGCCGGCAUCGACCAGCAAUGCUCGCCAGAGACUCUUUGCUGUGGACCAAUGCCAAACAAUUUACAGAGACUGUCGGCGUGUAUGUCAACGAUCUUGGCAUUUUUAGAAUGUCCAGUAUGCCUAGAUACGAUACAACCACCCACAUACCAAUGCGAUAACGGCCAUUUAAUAUGUAUCCGAUGUAGGGCCAAAUCUGAACGAUGUCCAGUAUGCAGGCUUCGAUUUAACAGGGGAAGAUCAUUAUUGGCCGACCAGGUUUACAACUCAGUGAUAGACGCCUUCGGCCUAAAAGAAGAGUCAGACGAGCUGAAAUCAGUGAAAAUCCAGCAAAUCUUCAAACUAAGAAAAAACAAGAACGUUCCUAACAUAAAAAUAACCCAGUCCCACACCAACAAGUUCUUAGAAAAGCUAAUUGGAAAGGCUUCGUCGGUGGACAACCUGUCAUCAACAUCAAAGCUGUUGUCACCGAAUCCAUCCAACGAAAACGGUUUAAAAGCCAAGUCCUUGUCCACCAAUGAAAUAUUCCAAUCCGAAACUCCGCCAGUGUCUAGGACUGGCUCAAUAACGCGGAUAAGCAGGAACGAAAGGAACAAAUCGCUGAACAUAGACAAUGACAAUCGACCCGCUUCCUACCAUGGUUCCUUCGAAUCUCUGGACAGGAAAAUCGACGAAGUCACGCCAAUAAACGGCAACUUGACAUAUUUACAAUCGGAUUAUGUAACGCAAGACUCAGCUUUGUACCAUUGCCCGUUUGCGUUCGACUGCCCAACGCUGUUAAACGGGAAAAAUUUAUUGGAGCACUUCCAGUUGAGCCACAACGGGCCGCUGGUGCAGUUCUUCAGCACCCACGUUAAGAUACAGCUGGCCAAAAUAAUUGAGGAGCGGGAUCUGUGCUACGUCGUCAAUUCAGAGGGCAACACGUUCUUCGUUAAGAUCCUGUUGAAUCAGUCUUCGAGCGUCGAAAACUCAGAAAGGUUCGCCAAGGACGUUUUAAUAUGGAUCUGGUACUUGGGGUCGAAGAAAUCAUCCAGGGACUACGAAAUGCAGGUUGAAUUGAAGAACGAAGAACUGGACAACGUACUUUUGAGCGUUAGGAGUUCGGUAUUUUCGUUGAACGGCGUUUCCGGACAGGAAAUCAAAGACUGCAAAAAGGGCAUAUUCUUCAGCUCAAAAACUCUGAAUAUGAUCACUUCUUGCGCCAGUAAAAUCAUUUUGGACAUCAAAAUCCUCAACACUGACAUCGAAUGAGACACUUAGGUUUAGUACUUUUAGUUGUGAUAAGGUUUUGUACAAAAUACACGCGUUAAUCUGA